AUGGUGCAUCUAGAGCACCGUGACAACGUCUCGGCCCCCUUCAUCUUGCCGGAUCACAUUCGCCCGUGGCUACGAGCAGUUGUUGCCCUCGGCUUCAUCAGCUUCGUUGCCUCUGUUUCGCUCCUCUUUGUCCUCACAUACAAGCUUGUAUCAUGGAAAAUCAAAUCUAAGAGAAGCAACCAAUUCGUCGUGCUCAUCUUUAACCUCCUAUGGGCGGAUAUACAACAAGCACUAGCUUUCUUGCUCAACGUUGAAUGGUUACGAUUAGGAUCAGUAGUGGAGGAGAACCCAGUAUGUUUUGCGCAAGGCUGGCUUGUGUCGACCGGUGAUAUUGGUAGUGGGAUCUGGUGCUUCGCCAUAGCAUUGCAUACCUUUGCCUCUGUUAUCCUGGAUUUCCGAUUAAAACCUCGAUACUUUUACCUCACCAUCAUCAUGCUCUGGGUCUUCAUUCUGGGCAUCUCGUCGAUAGGAAUCGCUCUGCAUGCAGAUAAACUCUACGUACGCUCCGGCAUUUGGUGUUGGAUCCAUCAAGAUCUCAAAGAUCUCCGCCUUUGGACCCAUUACGUCUGGAUCUUCAUUUUUGAAUUCGGCAACGUUCUUAUCUACGCCACGAUUUACACAAUCCUUCUCCACCGUAUGCGCCACGGAUACUACAGCACCGAGGAAGCGAAGCGCGUCAAAUCGAUAUCGAACCUCAUGGUCGCCUACCCUCUAGUCUACGUAGUGUGCACGAUUCCCCUCGCCUCCGCACGUAUGGCGUCCAUGUCUGGGAACCCCCCCUCCCUUACGCGCCUUUGUCUAUCAGGCGCGAUGAUUACGUCAAACGGCUGGCUAGACGUCCUCUUAUACACGUGCACACGUCGCAUCAUGAUAUUCAGCGACGAGCCUCCAUCAGACGACAACGGCCUCGACACAUUCGCAACUUUUUGGGUGGAGAAGCCUAGGCGCUUUGGAGGCGAAUGCACCGUCGAAGCGAUACAUUCCAACGCCAGAGCCAAAAGGGGGCGAAGUAGAGUCAGUCUUCCGCUGGGUAGCGAGAGUUUGGACGACCUGUGCGGAUUUAGCAGCAAGGAUAUCAAGCUCGUUACCACGACUCAAGUUACUAGCGAGCCUGCACAACCUGAGGACUACGAAGAGAUGGAGGCCGAAGCGCGGAAAGGCCGGCCCAGAUCGCCCAUGGGACGAUGGAGCGAUGAAACAUACGAGGGUCGGAAUUUGAGUCUCAAGGAGCUUGGAAUUGCGCAUUUACCGCGCUGA